AUGGCGAACGUAAUCACAAACAAGGAUUUCAUAGUCGCAACCAAGUACAAGCUCAUUCGGAAGAUCGGGUCAGGCUCUUUUGGCGAUAUCUAUGUAUCGAUCAACGUCACAAAUGGAGAAGAGGUCGCAAUAAAACUUGAGAGCAAUAGGGCUCGUCAUCCACAACUCCUAUAUGAGUCAAAGGUGUAUCGCAUUCUUCAAGGCGGUGUUGGAAUACCUCAUAUUCGUUGGUAUGGCACUGAGCGCGAGUACAAUGUGCUGGUCAUGGACUUAUUGGGACCGUCUCUUGAAGACCUUUUCAAUUUCUGUUCACGAAGAUUCACCAUGAAGACAGUAUUGAUGCUCGCUGACCAGAUGAUCGGUCGAAUUGAGUACGUGCACGUGAAAAAUUUUAUACAUCGUGACAUCAAGCCGGACAACUUUCUGAUGGGGAUCGGACGACAUUGCAACAAACUGUUUCUAAUCGAUUUUGGACUUGCUAAAAAGUUCCGAGACUCGCGCACCAGAACACACAUUCCUUAUCGAGAGGAUAAGAAUCUCACGGGUACAGCACGAUAUGCUUCUAUAAAUGCUCAUCUUGGAAUAGAGCAGAGCAGAAGAGAUGAUAUGGAAUCCUUGGGUUAUGUAUUAAUGUAUUUCAAUCGUGGAACUCUUCCCUGGCAAGGUCUCAAAGCAGCGACCAAAAAGCAGAAGUAUGAAAAAAUUAGUGAGAAGGUGUGCUAA